CGCACGCGUGUGCGGGGCCGCCCCGCAGCCGCCCGGCCGGGCUAUAAAAGGGGCGGCGGCGGCCGGAGCAGCCCCGCACCGCCGCCCCCCAGCGCCCCACCAUGAGCUACACCAUGGAGCCCCUGGGCAACCCCUCGUACCGCAGGGUGACCGAGACCCGGGCCACCUACAGCCGCGCCAGCGCGUCCCCGUCCAGCGGCUUCCGCUCGCAGUCGUGGUCGCGGGGCUCGGGCAGCACCGUGUCCUCCUCCUACAAGCGCCCCAACCUGGGCGGCCCCCGCGCCGCCUACGGCUCCACGGUGCUGAGCUCGGCCGAGAGCCUGGACGUGAGCCAGUCCUCUCUGCUGAACGGCGCGGCCGAGCUCAAGCUGAGCCGCUCCAACGAGAAGGAGCAGCUGCAGGGGCUCAACGACCGCUUCGCCGGCUACAUCGAGAAGGUGCAUUACCUGGAGCAGCAGAACAAGGAGAUCGAGGCGGAGCUGGCGGCGCUGCGGCAGAAACACGCCGGGAGGGCGCAGCUGAGCGACGCCUACGAGCAGGAGCUGCGGGAGCUGCGCGGGGCGCUGGAGCAGGUGAGCCACGAGAAGGCGCAGAUCCAGCUGGACUCGGAGCACAUCGAGGAGGACAUCCAGCGCCUGCGGGAGCGCUUCGAGGAUGAGGCGCGGCUGCGCGACGAGACGGAGGCGACCAUCCGCGCCCUGCGCAAGGAGAUGGAGGAGGCCUCGCUGAUGCGCGCCGAGCUGGACAAGAAGGUGCAGUCGCUGCAGGACGAGGUGGCCUUCCUGAGGGGCAACCACGAGGAGGAGGUGGCCGAGCUGCUGGCGCAGCUGCAGGCGUCGCACGCCACCGUGGAGAGGAAGGACUACCUGAAGACGGACCUGACGACGGCGCUGAAGGAGAUCCGCGCCCAGCUCGAGUGCCAGUCCGACCACAACAUGCACCAGGCCGAGGAGUGGUUCAAGUGCCGCUACGCCAAGCUCACCGAGGCGGCCGAGCAGAACAAGGAGGCGAUCCGCUCCGCCAAGGAGGAGAUCGCCGAGUACCGCCGGCAGCUCCAGUCCAAGAGCAUCGAGCUCGAGUCGGUGCGCGGCACCAAGGAGUCGCUGGAGAGGCAGCUCAGCGACAUCGAGGAGCGCCACAAUAACGACCUCACCACCUAUCAGGACACGAUUCACCAGCUGGAAAACGAGCUCAGAGGGACGAAGUGGGAGAUGGCCCGUCACUUGCGGGAGUACCAGGACCUCCUCAAUGUCAAGAUGGCCCUGGACAUCGAAAUUGCUGCAUACAGGAAGCUGCUGGAGGGUGAAGAGACAAGAUUCAGUGCCUUCUCUGGAAGCAUUACUGGUCCCAUAUUCACACACAGACAACCAUCUGUCACAAUAGCAUCCACCAAAAUCCAGAAAACCAAAAUCGAACCGCCAAAGCUGAAGGUCCAGCACAAGUUUGUAGAAGAAAUCAUCGAGGAGACAAAGGUGGAGGACGAGAAGUCUGAAAUGGAAGAUGCCCUGACGGCCAUCGCGGAAGAAAUGGCAGCCAAGGCACAGCAAGAGGAGCAGGAGGAGGAAAAAGCAGAAGAAGCUGCAGAGGAAGAGGUUUCUGAGAAGGCUCCUGCAGAACAAGAGGAGGAGGAGAAGGAGGAAGAGGAAGCGGAGGAGGAGGAGGAAGCUGCAAAAUCUGACGCCGCGGAAGAAGGCGGCUCUGAAAAAGAAGAAAUCGAGGAAAAAGAAGAAGGGGAGGAAGCUGAGGAAGAGGAGGAAAAACCUGAGGCCAAGGGCAAAGCUGAAGAGGCACCAGCAAAGGCAGAGAAGGUCAAAACACCUCCCGUGAAGUCCCCUCCGAAAUCCCCCGUCACAGAGCCCGCCAAGGCCGCCCCCAAAGAAAAACCCGCGGAAGCAGCGAAGGAACAGAAGGCGGAGAAAGCGGAGAAGGCGGCCAAGGAGGAGGAGAAAGCAGCGUCCCCUGAGAAACCCGCCACGCCAAAGGUGACCUCCCCCGAGAAACCCGCCAGCCCCGAGAAACCCGCCAGCCCCGAGAAACCCGCCAGCCCCGAGAAACCCGCCAGCCCCGAGAAACCCGCCAGCCCCGAGAAACCCGCCUCCCCCGACAAGGCCGUGAGCCCGGGGAAAGCCGUGGCCCUGGACAAGCUGGCACCACCGGAGAAGGCGCGCACCCCUGAGAAGCUGGCGAGCCCCGAGAAGCCGCGGACCCCCGAGAAGCCGCGGACCCCUGAGAAGCCCGUGACCCCCGAGAAGCCCCGGACCCCUGAGAAGCCCCAGUCCCCCGAGAAGCCCCAGUCCCCCGAGAAGCCUCCCUCCCCAGUCAAGGACGCCAAGGCUGUGGUGGAGGAGACCAUCACCGUCACCAAGGUGACGAAAGUGAGCGCCGAGGCCGAGAAGGAGUCCAGGAAAGAGGACAUCGCGGUCAACGGGGAGGUGGAGGAGAAGAAGGAGGAGGAAUCCAAAGAGAAGGAGGAGGAGGACAAGGGAGUGGUGACCAACGGCCUCGAUGUGAGCCCCGUGGAUGACAAGGCCGAGAAAAUCGUGGUCACCAAAAAAGUGGAGAAGAUCACGGGGGAGGGUGGGGACAGCGGGACCACGUUCAUCACCAAGUCGGUGACCGUCACUCAGAAGGUGGAGGAGCACGAGGAGAGCUUUGAGGAGAAGCUGGUGUCCACCAAGAAGGUGGAGAAAGUCACCUCACACGCCGUAGUAAAGGAGAUUAAAGAGAGCGAAUAAAACCCAACCAUAGCUAAAAUUCAAACCAAUUCAAGAGCUUGGGUCGGUGCAAAAGGUUAAGCCAUAGACAGCUGCAAAAAUGCAUGUGGGUGACGGCUUCAAAGCAGAUCGGGUUCUCUCACGGAGGCUCCAGACACACAGUAUUUUACUUUUUCGUGCAAUAUAGGGAAGGGGGGGGGGAAUGCAUGCAGGCUCAAGAUGUACUCCCUCCACAGAGCUUGGGGAUCUGCAAAAACAAAAAAAAAAAUUACUACUAUUACUAGUGCAUGAGAUGAAAUGUGCAGAGGAAGCUUCUCUGCAUUUCCUGAGCUGUUGGAGGGAUGGAUCUGAGGAACGAGUUCAGAUUUAUUAUGCAAAGAACCAACUGAGCCAAAAACCGAAAACAGUAAUAGAGUACUCAUGAGAACCAGAACUCUCCUAGCCUUAAAAAAAAAUAAAAAAUAAAGCUACUUAUAACUAAUUAUGUUUACCUCACUGGUGCAAUUAGGGUGGACUUUUGCUCCUGGGAGAACCUCGUUGACAUGCACAGUGCGCAACCUUUUGUUGUUUGAUGUAAAACAGUCACAGCAGUUCUUGCUCAAUAAAGGUCAAUAUGAAAACGUGACUCACUUUUUGGGUGACUUUUUCCCCCAAUUCAAACCCUUCCCUGAGCUGGAUGCUCUCUCCUGAAUGGGAAUGCAGUUGAGUGGGUUCAAAAUUUGAGUUGUUUCUUUUCUUUAAUGUUCUCAUUUCUCAGGAGUUGGACUUUGAUGGUCCUUGGGGGUCCCAUCCGGCUCAGGAGGUUCUGGGGCUUGGGAAUUGGAUUUGAUGGGCAAAUUUCCUCUGGCAACACAAAGGCUGGGUUAAGAAAAUGAGAGCCACAUCCCAAAAUUUCCAGAGGAAUCCACUGAACUCCUCUGCGUGGCCUUGAGGUGUUUGGAGGGUUUGAAAUUGCUUUUUUUAGGAAGGGGGAGGUCUCUGAGCCCUCAAUUCUGCUUGUGCUGAGCCAAAAAAAUGUUAAAAUCUGCUGUAAGUGUAAUUUUCCUCCUCACACACCAACAUCCACACAUAAAAUGUCCAAAGUUUUUCCAAUGAUUUGGAAAUUUUCAAAUAAUUCCUUGUUUUUCCUGGGGAGAAAGGCUCUAUGAACCACAGCUGGG